UGGAAAUAUAAAUAAUAUAUCCAUGAGUGGUAUGUGGGCGUUCAGAUGUUAUUUAAAUAGCAUUAAAAAUUGCAUAAAAAUGAAGCGCCUUACCAAAUAUUAAAUACCGGAAAAGGUGUUUUUUAGUGGUUGAUACAUAAAUUAGAGGUUUUAUUGUGAAUUUUGUAGGAUAUAUUUGAAAUAAAUUUAAAAAAUCGCAAUGUCUGGCAGAGAAGAUGAAUAUGAUUACUUAUUUAAAGUUGUCCUAAUUGGGGAUUCUGGUGUUGGAAAAAGUAAUCUGUUAUCUCGAUUCACCAGGAAUGAAUUCAAUCUGGAAAGUAAAAGUACCAUAGGUGUGGAGUUUGCUACAAGGAGCAUAAUGGUAGACAACAAGCGAAUUAAGGCCCAAAUAUGGGACACAGCAGGACAAGAAAGAUAUAGAGCAAUAACAAGCGCGUAUUAUAGAGGAGCUGUUGGUGCAUUAGUGGUUUAUGACAUAGCCAAGCAUAUGACCUUUGAAAACGUUGAAAGGUGGUUGAAGGAGCUGAGGGACCAUGCUGACGACAACAUCGUCAUAAUGCUCGUUGGAAACAAAAGUGAUCUACGUCACCUGCGAGCAGUACCAACUGAUCUAGCCAAGUCCUUUGCUGAAAAAAACUCUGUAUCAUUUCUUGAGACAUCAGCAUUGGAUUCCACAAAUGUUGAAGCUGCAUUCACUCAUAUUCUAACUGCGAUAUACAAGAUAGUUUCUCAGAAGCACAUGGCGGACACGGGUGAUGAUGGUGUGAGUAAACCUUACAAUGCACAAGCCAUCACCAUUCCUCCCACUUCGACGCUCGACAAAAAGAACAGCAGCUGUUGCUCUGGCUGAUCGCAGCUCCAUCGAACCACCACUGCUUGUUUGUUGUCGUCGACGUGGAAUUUAAUUUAUCACAAUUAUUUACUUAUAAUUUAUUUAUUUCUUUAUUAUAAUAUUUUGUUUACAAAAUUUUUGUUAUUAUUGUUAACAUUUUUUAAAAAUUGUAGUAAAUAAUUCUUCAGAUGAUUCGUUUAAAUUUUAUAUGUCUAUGUACGGCACACAUUAAGGUGUCUAUUUUUGCUCAUGUGGUUGUAUGUUAGCAUGGUUACUUUGUCCUUAGCACAUUAUUAUUUACGUUUAAAUUAGUUAAUAUUUAACAAAAUUUUAAAGCUAUCAUAUUUUUAUGUUAUGUAUAAAUGAGUGUAUGCAUUUCAACUCGUCUAAUGUGUUGUAUACUGGAUUGCUUAUAAUGACUGUCAACCCAAUGUUUCCAUUAACACAUUUGCAUAACAACUUGUUAUAUGUAUUUUUUUGACUUAUUCACUUAACGCUUGUUAAAUUAUAAAUUUCAAUUAAUUUUACUGCUUGUACAUUAUUAUUUCUGAGAAAUAGAUUCAUUAUAAAUAUACACAAGCCAAUGCUUGUUGUCUCACACAACACUUCAUGUUAUAAUCCUAUUUAUUUUCUCAGUGUGCUUUUGAACCCGGUCUGUUGGCAACAUUUGCAUAUUGAAUUCUAUUAAAAACAUCUUUCCAUUAUGAUGAGAAUGAGAAUAAUAACCCUGCUUAAGUACCGUACCAGUCUACCUAAUUGUCGAGGUCCAUUAACUUUUUCAUUUUUUCUUUGAAAUAAGCCGGUAGAUACAUGAUUAUAGCUUCUUUGUCAUCAAAGUUUUACUUUAGUUUAAAAAUGAGCUCUUCAAAGUGAAUUUCUAAAGAUUCAGUGAUUUCUGGAAGCCAAAUGUUGACCCACUUUCGACUGUUGCCCGUUAGUCUAAUGCAAUCGCUUGUUGCACAUAUUAAUUCAUGAAUUAAUUCAUAUUGAUUUCUCUACUAAUUCUACGGGGUUUAAUUGAGGCUAGUUGGUUUUGUUUAGUUACAUAAACUUAAUAGUGGCAUUGUUUAUCAUAAUGUAUGUGUGGAUAUCCGUUCUGCAUCUUUGUGAUCAGCACAACAUUAAUUUUCAUUUUUUGUUCACCAAUCUUAGUUUAACCAGCAAAUAUUUUCUGUAACUGCUGCCUAGUAAUAAUAUUUAGAUUUUUUCAAAAUAUUAUAAUAUUAUUUAAAUUGUGAUUCUCACACGUUAAUAAAUACUAUUUAAAGCAUUUUCAAAACUUUGUUUUCAGAACUCCAAUAUUUGUCAUUGAUUUCUCCUUUCGUUUGAUCUUCCACAUUCAUAACCAGCCGUUACCGAGAAAUUAGCAGCUCGCGUGGUGCGCCGUCUGCACAAAGUGUUCGCACCUACAUCAAUUCUCAACUCGGCUGUUGAAAUAUUUUAGUAAAUUUUGAUGUCUACGUGAAUAAUGAAAUUUAAUGCAUCCUCUUAUCUGUGUGUACGUGCGCAUUGUUAUGUAAAUAGUAAUAAUCUUCUUGUACAUAAUAAUUAAUUCUCUUCCAUCAAAAUUGUUUUUGUUUCUUCAUAACUAAAUUGUUAGUAUCUGAAUGAAUUACAACAUAAAUAUUGAAUUUAAUUAAUAUCCUAACACUUGUGCUAAUUUGUAACGUUGAUACUCUGUUUUGUCCUAGUGAUAACGAUGAUGUUUCAUUCAUUCCCUUUUGUUCGAGUGUUAAUAUUUUUCAUUUCAUUUUAAAUAUCGAUAUAUCGUUGUGCUUGUUAUAUAUAAAUAUUUAUUUAUAUUAAAUAUUUAUUUAUAUAUAUGUGUGUGUGUGUUUGUGCACGCGUAACUGCUAGUUUGAACGUACGGUCUUCAUUUUAAUUAAACCAAAAUAACUCUUAACUCAAUCACAUAUGAUCCUUAUUUGUUUAUUUCAUUAUUUGAUUGCAUACAUCAAUGAUUGCAUUUUGUACUUUUUUUUGUUGAACUUUUGUUUCACCGUUUAUUGAGAUUGUGUAAUUAAAAAUUAAUUCAUUUUUUAAAUAAAUUUUUCAUUUGUAUGCAUGGAAAA